CACUACGCCAAUCACUCAAUCUCCAUCUUCAAAGACUACUUCCAUUUCUUCCAGCACUAUGCCAAUCACUCAAUCUCCGUCUUCGAAGACUACUUUCAUUUCUUCCAGCACUAUGCCAAUCACUCAAUCUCCGUCUUCGAAGACUACUUCCAUUUCUUCCAGCACUACACCAAUUACUCAAUCUCCGUCUUCGAAGACUACUUCCGUUUCUUCCAGCACUACACUAAUCAUUCAUUCAGGCCCAAUCCCAAUUCGAAACAUUCGUCUACCGACUAAGUAUUUACACACGAAUCGUGAAACAUCUGCUCAAGAAUCAUCAUCUCGAGAAACAUCCACCUGA